UGGGACAGCAUGCCAAAUAAGCAUAUUACCAAUCAUCAGCUAAGGGUGCUAACUCUUGAAAUAAACUUGCCUUGCCUUUCCUAAAACAACAGUGUGCACUGGAAAGACCAACACACAGAUAACCUUCAUCCACAAGUAGACACCUUCAUUGGACUAACUGGGUGGACCUUACAAAACAAAACUACUGCCCUUGUAACAAGGAGAUUUAACCAAUUACGUAACUCAAAUGGCUAAUUAUUAUAGAUCCUAAAGCCUUAAGUGUACCUCAGGUGAAGUAUCAGAACAAAAGUGUAAAACAUACGUGCAAAAUACUGACCAACAGGUGUGAGAAGGCUCUUCUUAGUUAUUCUAUUUCUGUCUGUAUUGGCUAGUGGUUUGCUCUGCUGGACCAACAGCUUCUGCAUGAGCUUGUGAAGGUGUGAUGUUCUGUUUGAUCUGUUUCUGAAUGAGCGUCUGUGUAAAAACGUGUGGUUGCUUUUUUCCAUUCCUACUCAUGUGUAACCUUGAGACUUCUGCUCUGCAGCUUGUUUUACACAAUAAUAAACUCAUCAGUGCUGAUAGUUCUCAAAAAGGUCAAACCUCAUAGUAAUGUGUGAUUAAUGUGAUUCUGAGCUCAUGCUUUUUCAGUAGUUAUUUAAUGUAUGGUCACCCAUUAUGUUGAUAUCUGCUGGGUAUGUGGGAUUUAUUUUGCUUUCAUCCAUUUUGUGGAGAAACUAUAACACAACACAGCUGCUGUCCAAAGGUAAAUCAUAAAAUAUCAAAUUUACUUACAGCAAUGAGCUGAUUUGUGACUAAUUAGUUGUCGUUAAUUAGUAUAGAUAGAUAAAGAUUGCUGAAGGUCUGUACCUGCUCCAAUUUUUGCCGUAAAUCCUACAAAUACAUCAGUUACCAAUGGAAAUGUAUUGAAUUUUGUUUGUUAUUCUACAGUUACAAGGAAAAAAGUUUGGCACCAAAUACUGCAAAAUGUCUGUAAAUGUGCAAAAAUGAAAGUGUUAUAUUCUGACUGAGAGACCACAUGGCCUGCGGAAGAAGCUCCUUCUCAGUCUCGGGUAUUUGUGACACUUAUUUCUGCACACUGGAUUAAAAUGAAUGUGAUCACAUGUCUCUUUGUGUUUAUCGGACCAGGGAAACUAUCAAAACAAGCAUGCAUUCUUGCUACUCAGACCUUUCUCAGCUAUUCCCCCUGGCUCUAUUCCGCUGCAGUGAGACGCUAAAAGAAGGUGUGUUUGGUGAGUCCGUGUCGGUGACGGAGGGAGAUUCUGUUACUCUAAACACUGACAUAAUUGUCAAAGACGAUCACAUAGUGUGGACAUUUGGAGCUGAAAAGGCAGUAAUAGCUAAUAUAAAAAUAAUAAGGCAAGUAUUCUCCAUGUUUGAUGGUCCUGAUGGGAGAUUCAGAGACAGACUGAAGGUGGACAAUCAAACUGGAUCACUGAUCAUCCCAAACAUCAGAUCUGAACAUGCUGGAGAUUAUGAACUGACCAUAAGUGGAAGUAAAUUUACAGCAAAAACAUUCAGAGUUUCUGUUAAUGCUCGUCUGCCUGUUCCUGCCAUCUUCAACUCUUCUCAAUGUUCUUCCUCCUCAUCUUCAUCAGUGCAGUAUUGUUCAGUGGUGUGUUCAGUGGUGAAUGCGAGUGCUGUGAGUCUCUCCUGGUACAAAGGAAACAGUUUAUUGUCCAUCAUCAGUGUGUCUGAUCUCAGCAUCAGUCUCUCUCUACCUCUGGAGGUGGAAUAUCAGGAUAAAAACACCUACAGCUGCGUGAUCAACAACACCAUCAGCAACCAGACCACACAUCUGGACAUCACUCAGCUCUGUCAAGCGUGUGAAGACUCUGGAUCUCUGCUAGUGUUGAUUUCUGCUGCUGCUGCUUCUCUGUUGAUCGUUUCUGCAGUCGGGGUCUUCUGCGGGAAACACAAAAAAACAGAUGAAGAGGGCAAGUGUCACCUACUUAAAAAAAAGCAUCAUACAAAAUAGUCAAAUAUUUGAGUCAAUUAAAAGCCACAAUUAAUAUUGUACACAGUUACAGUGUAAUUCUAUACACACUGUUAGUAGAAUCAUGUGGACAUACGGCCUAGUGUCAAGUUAAAUACGAAUGUUAAAUGAUUUCAGACAGAUGUGUGGAAUUAGUUUUGCUUUCAUCGCUU